UGCUAAAGACAUGAAGUUGAAGCUGAAGCUCCCGAACCCGGGUCUGGAGGACCGGAUCCCGUCUCACGCCGAGCUGGAGAAGCUGGAGCUGGAGGAGGCUGGAGAGCGGCCGCAGUGGGACAACAAAGCCCAGUACAUGCUGACCUGCGUGGGCUUCUGUGUGGGACUGGGGAACGUCUGGAGAUUCCCGUACCUCUGCCAGAGCCACGGAGGAGGAGCGUUCAUGAUCCCGUUCCUGAUUCUUCUGGUUCUGGAGGGAGUCCCGCUGCUGCACCUGGAGUUUGCCAUCGGACAGAGACUCAGAAAAGGCAGCGUUGGUGUCUGGAGAUCCAUCAACCCGUAUUUAGUUGGAGUAGGCAUCGCCUCCAUGCUGGUGUCCUUCAUGGUGGGGAUGUACUAUAACACCAUCAUCGCCUGGGUCAUGUGGUACUUCUUCAACUCGUUUCAGGACCCUUUACCCUGGAGUCAGUGUCCCAUCAAUGAAAACCGGACAGGGUUUGUGUCUGAAUGUGAGCGCAGUUCUCCGGUGGAUUAUUUCUGGUACAGAAAGACGCUGAACACCACGGCUGUGAUCGAGGAAUCUGGAGGUCUGCAGUGGUGGAUCGUCUUGUGUCUGUUCUGCGCCUGGACUCUGCUGUGGGUUUGCUGUCUGAGGGGCAUCGAGACCACCGGGAAGGCUGUGUACGUGACCUCCACGCUGCCGUACCUGGUCCUGACCAUCUUCCUGAUCAGAGGACUGACGCUCAAAGGCUCUGUCAGCGGAAUCAAGUUCCUCUUCACUCCCGACCUGGACGAGCUGCUAAACCCGGCGACGUGGCUGGACGCAGGAGCGCAGGUGUUUUACUCCUUCUCUCUGGCGUUUGGAGGACUCAUCUCCUUCUCCAGCUACAACUCAGUCCAUAAUAACUGCGAGCAGGACGCAGUCAUCAUCUCCAUAAUAAACGGCCUGACGUCUAUUUACGCAGCCAUCGUGAUUUACUCCAUCAUCGGCUUCAGAGCCACGGAGAGGUUUGACGACUGUCUCAACGGUAACAUCCUGACGCUGAUGAACACGUUUGAUCUGCCGGAGGGAAACAUCACGGAGAGCAACUACGACAGUUUUCUUCAGCAGCUCAACAGCACAGCACCAGCCGUCUUUCAUGAGCUCCAGCUGAAGACCUGCGACAUGCAGACGUUUCUCAGUCAGGGAGUUGAGGGAACCGGUCUGGCCUUCAUCGUCUUCACUGAGGCCAUCACUAAGAUGCCCGUCUCUCCUCUGUGGUCAGUGCUGUUCUUCAUCAUGCUCUUCUGUCUGGGAUUGUCCACCAUGUUCGGCAGCGUCGAGGGAGUCGUGGCGCCGCUGCAGGAUCUGAACAUCCUACCGAAGCGCUGGCCGAAGGAGGUCUACACAGGUCUGGUGUGUUUCGUCUCGUUCGGUCUGGCCAUUAUCUUCGCUCAGGGUUCAGGUGAAUAUUGGCUGGCUCUGUUCGACAGCUUCGCUGGAUCCAUUCCUUUGCUGAUCAUUGCCUUCUGUGAGAUGAUGGCUGUAUCCUACAUUUAUGGGAUCGACAGAUUCAAUGACGAUAUCAAGUUCAUGAUCGGUCACAAGCCCAACUUCUUCUGGCAGGCCACGUGGAGACUCAUCAGUCCGCUCAUAGUGCUGAUCAUCUUCCUCUUCUACUUCGUCACCACCAUCAGCAAAGAGCUGACCUACAUCACCUGGGACCCGCAGUCGGAGAAUUUCCCCACGCUGGAGAAGAAGUCGUAUCCGGACUGGAUUUAUGCGAUCAUCUUCAUUCUGUCGGGCGUUCCAGUGCUGGUCAUUCCUGCGAUCGCUCUGUUCAAACUCAUCAGAAACCGCUGCUGCGCUAAAGAGGAGAAACACACAGCCACGGAGCCGUUCUACUCCAUAUCUGACAAAAUACAGAUCCCCGACGAGCUCGACCGGACGAGCAGAUCGCUCCACUAACACACGGGUUCCAGUCUGACCUGCAACAUCAGGAAACGAUCUAGAAACACAGAACAGACAUUUACAGAUGUGAUUUGAACUGACAGCUCUUCAUACUCUUCUGUUGUUUGUAUGUAUUUAUGUGAAGCAGUUCAUACGCAUUAAUGAAGCCGCCGAAGGUAAACAAAAAAUAAACAUUAACAAGUCGACACACAUGUCUGUAAAUGAUAAUUAGCCAGAAAACAGCUGUUUACCCACAUGCCUUUUCUGGUGGCUUCAUGUACACUGACUUCAUUUUAUGUGACCCUGCAGCACAAAAGCAGCAUUUGUAGCAAUAGCCAACAAUACAUUGUAUGGGUCAAAAUUAUACAUUUUUCUUUUAUGCCAAAAAUCAUUAGGAUAUUAAGUAAAGAUAUUUAGUAAAUUUCCUACCGUAUAUAUAUCAAAACUUAAUUUUUGAUUAGUAAUAUGCAUUGCUAAGAACUUCAUUUGAACAACUUUAAAGGCGAUUUUCUCAAUAUUUAGAUUUUUUUGCUCCCUCAGAUUCCAGAUUUUCAAACAGUUGUAUCUCAGUCAAAUAUUGUCCGAUCAUAACAAACCAUACAUCAAUGGAAAGAUUAUUUAUUGACCCUUAAUGACUGGUUUUGUAGUCCAGGGUCACAUAUUUAUUUUUUAUUCAUGUGUGAAAAACAUUUAUCUAUUGAUAAUUUUCAUCUAUAUAAGGUAAUAUUUCAUUUAAAAACAUUUAGGGGAAUUUCCGUGGUUAAUUUCUGAUAAAAUACUGUUGUUUUGUCACCGUUUAUGUGCAUUAUAGUGAAUGUAAUAUAUAUUUACGUGCAAAUUGUCCUGUAUUAUAAUUGCACAUAUUAUAAGUAUUUUUACAAUGUGUUUUUGUUCUUCUUAACAAUGCCAGUUUAAUAAUAAACUAAUUUUGAUUGUG